AGGGGAAGACAGAAGCUCCAGUCAGAGGUGUGGGAUGGUGGGGCCUGUGCCCAUACUGGGGCUGCUGGCCACCCUGGUUGUGUGUGGCAGCUGGGGCCUGAAUGAGGAGCAGCGGCUGAUCCAGUACCUUUUCGUGGAGAAGGGUUACAACAAGGAACUCCGGCCGGCGGCCCACAAGCAGGACAAAGUGGAUGUCGCGAUGAGCCUCACCCUCUCCAACCUCAUCUCCCUAAAAGAAGUGGAGGAGACUCUUACCACCAACGUGUGGAUAGAUCACGCCUGGAUAGACAGCCGGCUACAGUGGGAUGCCAAUGACUUUGGGAACAUCACUGUCCUACGCCUGCCCUCCGACAUGGUGUGGUUACCUGAGAUUGUGCUGGAGAACAACAAUGAUGGCUCCUUCCAGAUUUCCUAUUCCUGCAACGUGCUUGUCUAUGACACUGGUGAUGUGACCUGGCUGCCGCCUGCCAUCUUCCGCUCUUCCUGUCCCAUCUCAGUCACCUACUUCCCUUUCGACUGGCAGAACUGCUCCCUCAAAUUCAGUUCACUCAAAUACACAGCCAAGGAGAUCACAAUGAGCCUGAAGCAGGAGGAGGAGGAUGGCCACGCCUACCCCAUUGAGUGGAUCAUCAUAGACCCUGAGGGCUUUACAGAGAAUGGGGAAUGGGAGAUAGUGCACCGAGCAGCCAAGGUCAAUGUGGACCCCAGUGUCCCGAUGGACAGCACCAGCCACCAGGACAUCACCUUCUACCUCAUCAUCCGCCGCAAGCCACUCUUCUACAUCAUCAACAUCCUGAUACCCUGCGUGCUCAUCUCCUUCAUGAUCAACCUGGUCUUCUACCUGCCGGGCGAUUGUGGAGAGAAGACCUCGGUGGCCAUCUCCGUGCUCCUGGCCCAGUCUGUCUUCCUGCUGCUUAUCUCUAAGAGGCUGCCCGCCACAUCUAUGGCCAUUCCUCUGGUGGGCAAGUUCCUGCUCUUUGGCAUGAUACUGGUCACCAUGGUUGUUGUAACCUGUGUCAUUGUGCUCAACAUCCACUUCCGAACACCCAGUACCCACGUGCUGUCUGAAAGGGUGAAGAAGAUGUUCCUGGAGACCCUGCCCCGGCUCUUGCACAUGUCCCGCCCAGCAGAGGAAGGUCCCAGCCCCAGCACCCUGAUCCGGAGGAGCAGCUCCCUGGGCUACAUCUCCAAAGCAGAGGAGUAUUUCUCACUCAAGUCCCGGAGUGACCUCAUGUUUGAGAAGCAGUCAGAGCGGCAUGGGCUGGCCAGGCGCCUUACCACUGCACGCCAGCCCCCAGCAAGCUCUGAACAAGCCCAGCAGGAACUUUUCAGUGAGUUGAAGCCAGCUGUGGAUGGAGCAAAUUUCAUUGUCAACCAUAUGAGGGACCAAAACAGCUACAAUGAGGAGAAGGACAACUGGAACCAGGUGGCCCGCACAGUGGAUCGCCUCUGCCUGUUUGUGGUGACACCCAUCAUGGUGGUAGGCACAGCCUGGAUCUUCCUGCAAGGUGUCUACAACCAGCCCCCACCUCAGCCUUUCCCUGGGGACCCCUUUUCCUACAAUGAGCAGGACAGGCGCUUCAUCUAGAGCAGGCCUGAGUGGGCAGCCAGGCAGUCAGGGGUUGGGGAACAGCAG